AUGGACGCAAACCAUUAUGGAGCGUACCAGCUCUACGUUGUGUCUGGGCUGACGCUCCUCGUGUCCUACGUCAGCAUCCUAUGUCGUUCGCAGUUGCAAGAGGCCACGAUCCGAGCGGUGCGCCAAGCCUUGCUUCCCAAUGCGUCCGCUGGACAUUUGGAUGGAUUGACGAGGGGGGACUUGGAAGAUGUCGGUCUCGAAGCUACGAAAUGGAAAUGUGGCGUCUGUGCGUUCUAUAACCCCGACGAGACGGACGCGUGUGUGUUGUGCGACACCAGUCGAGCCAUGUUUCUCUUGGCCGCGCCAGAAUUUGGCGAUUGCGAAAACACGAUUCCCAUUGAAAACCUCAACCUAAAACAACGCGCCGCAUGGCAACGCAAACAAUGGACUCGGGACAUUGACGCAGUGGGCGAGGCGUACUGGAACAACGCCCCUGGCAUCCCACCAACUCCGUCCGCCAUCAUCUACCUCGUACAUUCCACGCGUUCGUCAUAUGCCUCGACGGCGGCGCUGGCUCUGUCCCCGCUGACCGCCGCGAGCGCGUCCAAGACGCUUCUGGGCGACCCCAUCGCAUCCUGGUGGCUUCCAAACCUCAAGACGCUGCGGUCGUACAACUUUUCCAUCAAGUACGCGUGGUUGUUGGAGCAGCUGUCGCUCGUGUACACGGGCCACACCAAGAUCGAAGUCCGGCGCGCCACCUUGAUGCCCAUGUCGUUGAAACUGCUGGGCGAGAUCAAGCCCGAUAACUUGUGCACGAAAACCAAGGUCACGCUGCUGGGGGAAAGCGCUGUGGACGCGGGCGGCGUCAGUCGCGAAUGGUAUACCCUUGUGACCAUGGCCAUCUUUGAAACCAAGGAAGGGCUGUUUAUGGUUGCCAACAAGGACGACCAGUCGUUCUUUAUCAAUCCCAACUCGGAAAGAGACCACGGCCCCAACCACUUGGCAGACUUUCAAGCGGUGGGACGGCUCCUCGGUCGAGCCAUCAUUGACGGCCAAGUGCUGCCAUUUCACUUUUGUGUCCCGCUGUUCAAGAUGUUGCUGGGGUACCCCGUCUCGAUCGAAGACGUUCGGUACUUGGACCUGACCGUGUAUUCGAACUUGACCUACAUUCGCGACUGCGAUGACGUGGACGAUCUGGCGCUGACAUUCAGUGUGAGUGUGGACACGGAUGUACCGGAAGUGGAGCUGGUGGUCGGGGGUCGGGACGUGGGGGUGACCAACGCCAACAAGACCGAGUACGUGGAGAGGAUGGUGCAGUACUUGAUGUUUGAGCGCGUGGCGCCGCAGCUGCAGCGGCUGGUGCAGGGUCUGUACGACGUGUUGCCCCAGGAGCUGCUCAUGCCGUUCGACUACAAAGAGCUGGAGCUGAUUUUGUGUGGGUUUUCAGAGAUCGACACGUUGGAGGACGUCGUCGGGUGGUUCUGGGAAGUUGUCGAGUUUGACAUGACUCCCUCUGACCGGGCCAAGCUGCUCCAGUUCACCACUGGGUCGUCCCGCGUACCCCUCCAGGGGUUCAAGGGCCUCACGAGUUACGAUGGCCGGCUGUGCCCGUUCAACUUGUAUGGGAUUCCUUACCAUGUCGGCGCAUUUCCUCGUGGCCACUCGUGCUUUAACCGCAUCGACCUGCCCAUUUACCCCUCGAGGGAGCUCAUGAAGGACGCCUUGUUCGCUCUCGUCGCCAUGGAGUCGCUCGAGUUUACAAUUGUUUGAUUCAAAAAGUUCUUGAAGUUACGCCGGCGUAGUACGAUGCCAAACCACUUGACGUUUGUAUGGUGGUGGGUAAAUGCAAGAAAGGCAACGUCGGCGCCUGGCUAUAUAAGGUGGACCGAUGAGAUUAU